UAAAGCCAAACCCCAAAUAAACCCUAAGCUCAUCGCCCUCGCUCUGUCUCUCUCCCUCCCUCCCUCCUCACUACCCUUCAACGGUCUCAUCUCUUCUCCUUUCUACUUUGAAUUUUGAGUCCAGAUCCCAGCCUUUUUUCUUUCCAACACAGUGCAUAGAAUGGAGCAAAGAUUAGCCAGUACAUUUCGAAUGACCGUGAAUGAGAAGAAAUUCAUUGAAAAAGCAUUGCUUUCCGACCUCAGAAUCGAUGGUCGUCGCCCUUUUGAUUUUCGCCGCAUAAGCAUCAAGUUUGGUAGAGAAGAUGGGUCGUCAGAGGUGCAGUUAGGUCAAACUCAUGUGAUGGGGUUUGUUACUGGGCAACUUAUUCAGCCUUAUAGGGAUAGACCUAAUGAGGGGACGCUUUCAAUUUAUACUGAAUUCUCUCCCAUGGCUGAUCCUUCUUUUGAGGCUGGACGUCCCGGAGAAGCUGCAGUGGAGUUGGGACGGGUAAUAGACCGCGGUUUAAGGGAAAGCAGGGCAGUGGAUAUGGAAUCACUUUGUGUUCUUGCUGGCAAGUUGGUAUGGUCUAUCCGAAUUGAUCUCCACAUUAUUGAUAAUGGGGGAAAUCUUAUUGAUGCCGCUAAUAUUGCUGCUUUGGCUGCUCUGUUGACAUUUCGAAGGCCUGAAUGUUCAUUCGGAGGGGAAGAUGGUCAGGAACUGAUAGUACAUCCACCUGAGGUGAGGGAGCCACUUCCUUUGAUUGUACAUCAUCUCCCAAUAGCAGUGACCUUUGCAAUUAUUGGGAAUGAGAACAUUAUGGUGAUAGAUCCAACCCACAGUGAAGAGGCUGUUAUGGGUGGAAGAAUGACUGCUACACUUAAUACAAAUGGUGAUGUCUGUGCUAUUCAAAAAGCUGGAGGAGAGGGUAUCAUUCAGAGUGUUAUCAUGCAGUGCUUGCGAAUUGCUUCAGUGAAGGCUGCUGAUAUAACAAGCAAGAUAAAAAAUGCAGUUGAAGCAUUCAACACAGAAAGAGCAUUGCGGAAGAUCAAGCGCCACUCUUCUUCCAUAGCUGUGGAUGUUAGUGGACCAGGUGCUAAAAUGAGGGAGAACAAAAAUCAAUCUGUUGAUGAGAAGGUAGUCAAUGAGUUAUCAAGCCAUCACAUGGAGAGGUUGAAGAUGGAAUCAGAAGAAAGCUGUGUCACUCAGAGCAGUGAUGUGGAAGUUAAAACCCAAUUAUCUGAACAAGGAAGAACUAACAGGAGUGAUGAGAACACCAGAAGUUUCAUUGGUGGCCCCUCAAGUUGGGAUCCAUACUCGAAGGGCAUUGAUUCGGAUUUCCUGAAAGCUUCUCUAGCUUCACAUGGAUUGAUAAAACAGAACACAAAACAAAAAGAUUCAAGAGGUGAAAUGAAGGCCCCUGACGUAAAGUCAGAGGAACCAAAUGCUGAUAUUGAUCCAGCUCUUUGUCCAAUGAAAACUGUUGGAACCACACCCCAAACAAAUGGAGAGAAGACAUUGAAGGAUGCAGUAAAGCCUAAGAACAAGAGAAAGAAGAAGGCAUCCCCCAACACUAAUGCAAGGUAGACUGACCUUUGAGAAAGAAGAAGCGCCCCCCAACACUAUUGCGAGGUAGACUGACCUUUGCCAAAAGAAGUAUCUUCUCCCAGCAUGUAUAUUAUUUUUACCCUAAUUCCUGUAAUAAAAUUCCAUUUUUGGAUUUUGUCAAACCCAACUGCUAACACAUUGGUGUUAGAGAUCUCAUAUCAUAUGUGUGAAGCCAUUCCCUCUCUUUCUGUAUUUGCAUAUGUAUUGGGGUUUGAGUUUCUUUAUCUAAAUUCAAUUCUUGAUUAA